AUGGCUGAGCUCGUACGACUGCGGGACGAGCUGAAUCCUGAGAGGCCGAUCCAGGAUUGCCGGGACUCGAUAGUGCAGCAAGUCAAGGUUGAACUCGGGAGAUUGCAAAAAGAGUUGGAUCCCGUUGAGCCUAUGCAGCAAUGCGAAGUUUCGAUCAGGCAGCACGUCGUCCAAGUCGUGGAGGAGCAUGCCAAAUUCGACAAGACGUACGCAGCAGUCAAGGAGUGCCAGAAGACUCUGGGCCAGCUGGUGAAGACGGAGAUCGCAAACGCGAAGGGCGAGCAAGGAUCCUCUGCGCUGAACUUGAUGAGUGCGUUUGCGGAGCAGCAUUCGUUCUUCGCAGAGAAGGCUAGGCAUACGGAUCAGGCGCUUGCCGAGAUCAGGGAGAUGCAUAAGAACAAGCAGCAGGCUGCGUCUGAGAAUUUGAAGAAGGUCCACGCAGCCAUUGAGAGCGUGAAAUCCUGCACGGAGGACAUGAAAUCUAAGGUGGAUUUCACGCCAGUGCUUGAAGCCGUGGACAAGAGCAGGGCUAUCACGCGGCAGGUCUUGGACGCCGUGCGGACGAAGCCACGCGACGAAGGGACUCUCCAAAUGGCCAGGACCGUCCAGCUCUCGGAUAUCAGCGUCAUCCUUACAGAGCUGCAGCAAAACAAGGCGGGCUUGAAAUCAGUCUUGAACGCAGUGGCGAAUGCCAAGUCUACGAUCUUGGAAGCGGUAACAAAGAAUUUGGAUGUUUCAGCCGAGGUGGCGGCAGUCUCCACGGUGUCGGCCAAGAAGCUGAGUUCGGAGCUAGCGGCUGUGAACGCAACGGUGAGACAGGGACACUUGGAGACUGCGGGAGCCGUGGAGAGGUUGAGCUGCUCAGUGGAGGCUUUGAAGUCGAGUGUGGACUUCGACGCAGUGACGACCGCCAUCGAGCAGAACAGGGUCGACCUCAAGCCCGUUCUGGACUCUGUGGUCAGUGUGGGCUCAUCUGUGGAGGCAGUGAGACAGUCGAGCAUGGAUUCCGCCAGGGUGUUGCAGGCAGUUGAGCAGAGCAUGGUGGACCUCAAGCCCGUUUUAGACACUGUGGCCAAGCUGCCCAAGCUUGUGCAGCCGAAGGUAGACUUUACCCCAGUGCUGGCAGCAGUGGAGCACAACAGGACGAACCUCCAGCCUGUCAUGGACGCUGUGGCAAAGGUGAUGCUAUCGGUUGAGCGCGUGAAUGGCACCAUGAAUUUCGCGGAAGUGUUGGCGGCAGUGGAGCGAAACAGGGUGGACCUCAAACCUGUCCUGGACGCCUUGGCCAAUGUACAUGUGUGUGCGCAAAGCGUGCGGCCCACUGUUGAUCUUGCGCCAGUGCUCGACGCAGUGGAGCCGUAA